AUGUAUCACCAAACUAGCCCAUCCCGCGGAUGGCAGGCCUACGACUACACCACCUCUCCGCCAAGCUCACCUUACUAUCAAUCUUUUUAUGCCGCGAACACGGCAUCCCCUCGCGCGCCCCCCAAGCGCCACUCCCGCAAAGCCAGUUAUGCAUCGCCUAGGGAAUCUGGCUGGUACUCGCACUACCCCCAGUACCAAGAGCCCAUUCCAGAAUAUGCGUCAUCCCGCAAGUUCGACAAUAAAAGAAAACAUCGCGCUUCCAUGCCGGGUGACGUGCCUUCCUAUGGCUAUGUAUUUGGUUACGAUUACGUCCGUCCCUCGCGUACGCCGACACGACCCAUCGUUAUUGAUGUGGUUGACGAAGCUGACGAUGAGCCGACUUAUAUCUACCGCGAGCCAAGAAGCGUUCGCUUCCAGCGAUCUUCUUACACAACUGCCCGCAAGACAAAGACGACCACUGAUCCUUAUUCUUUUUCUCACCAGGCUCCCCCCAUCUAUGAAGAAGAUGUAAAACGGUCCCGUGCUCGUCGUGCUUCCACCUCGACUCGAACAUCUCCCCAGAAACCACCCAAGAUGACUACGCCUCCCAAAUCCCCCUCUAAAGCCACCGCGGAAGAUGCCAAAAGGGCCGGUAUCCCACACGGCUAUUCGAUCAAGAACUGGGACCCGGAUGAGGCUCCUAUUAUACUUCUUGGAAGUGUCUUUGAUGCAAACUCAUUAGGCAAAUGGAUCUACGACUGGACCGUUUACCACCAUGGCGCUUCUACUCCGAUGGCCGAUGUCGCGGGCGAACUAUGGCUGCUUCUGAUCAAACUGGCCGGCAAAGUCAAGCGUGCCGAUGAAUUCCUCGACCGAGGUGGUCUCAGCGACGAAGCGAAGGAUCUCCUUGAGGACUUUGUCGAGAGCGGCGAACGCCUGUGGAUCCGAUUCAAGGACCUGCUCGAGAGUUGUGAGAAGUUCAUGUACGAUGCCGCCAAGCGCGAAACCCGCCGUGGCGCUCCGGUUUCGAUGGGACGUAAUGCCGGCUGCGAAUUUGUCGAAUCCAUGUUUGGACGCGAUCGAAACCUUCAUGAAACGGAGAAACUCAUGAACAGCAUCCGUCUGUGGGAUAUGCGGUUCGAUGCGAACUGCGAGGCCAUCCUCCGACCUUCUCGCCGAUCCAGUCGGCGACAGUCUACCGUUUAAUCCACCAUCUAUGUACUCGUCAUCCACUACUCAAUCCGACGAAUACACUCAACUACUCAAACCUUAUUAAUAGGUUUUAUUCAAGUCAUUUCAGCGAGAUAAAAAGUUUUAUUUCUGGUGGGAACUUUUUGUUUUCUUCCAAAUAUUACAGGGCCCGGCUUCACUGCCAUGCAUUGCAUCAUCAUCAUCAUCGGGGUGUUUUAUCCUUACAUACCUCCAAAUCUUUCCUUUGUCAUAGCCAUUUCCUGGCGUUUGUUCUUUUCAUUUCUGUGCUUAGAGAUACCCAAUCUCGUGCUGUGGAGUUCAUCUUUUCCGAAGGUUGGAUGAUACCCUUGAUUUA